AUGUCGUCGCAAACUCAUCUUGCAUUCGCGAGUACAGCUGUUGGGAUAACAUCUGUUAUUCAAGUCCCGACACCAUCUCCUGGACCUGGUGAGGUGAUGGUAAAAGUGGCAUUCAGCGCAGUCAUACCUCUUGACACAUACGUAGCGGAUUAUGGUCGAAUCGUAAACGGCGAAUACCCACUCGUAUUAGGCUUCAAUCUUAGUGGAGUUGUGGAAGCUGUUGGCUCUGGUGUGGGCGGCCUGCAGACGGGAGACAAGGUUUGCGGAUUUACAACGGCUGGAUCAAAGGGGAAGGGUUUACAAGAACGUGCAAUUAUACACAGUUCCGCUUGCGCCAAGCUCCCCGAUGAUUACUCUCUCGAAGCAGCUGCAACAAUUCCUGACAAUUUCGUAACUGCAUUUUACACGCUGUUCGAUCGUUUGGGACUUACUCCACCAACAUUCCCCGUUUCUGUACCACCUCCCCAUGCAGAGACUCCCAUCCUCGUUUAUGGUGCGGGAGCCACGUCUGGUCAAUACGCUGUUCAGCUGUUAGCCCUUGCUGGGUACAAGCGGGUCAUUGCAACAGCGUCCCCUCGGCACCAUUCUUACCUCAAGUCUCUUGGCGUCGCCCAUGUCAUAGACUACAGCGCUGACGACAUGCUCGAGAAUAUUUUACUCGCCGCAGGCACAAAGCUUCAAUUUGUCUUGGACUGCAUCAGCGCUGAGAGCACACUCAAAAGCAUAUCCAAUGUCGUUAGCUCCGACGGUGUGGUCGCCAUGCUAUUGCCAGUGACGGAAGGCACUAGGCAUGUUGCAGGGAAAGAUGCGCAAAUGUGGAUGGAAUUACCGGUGGACAGAAACCCCUUCCCAGAUUCGGUGAAAGUUUUAGGCGUGAAGACGCUACUGUACCAGCAGAAUGAGUACCUUCGUGACAACCUGAUGCCAAAGAUUCUCCCUCGACUGUUGGAGGAAGGCAUCAUUCAACCCAAUCGAGUUCGCCUAUUUGAUCAAGGAUCACUACAAGAUCGCUGCCAGGAUGCUUUUAAUGUAGUACGAAAUGGACAGGUGAACGGAGAGAAAGUGAUUGUGAAAGUAGCAUCGGAGUAG